UCGAAAUUCGUUUUGUUCAGUAUCGAGGGAAAUCACGACGCGCCAACUUGGUGGAAAUGCCAGUACGCGAACGCCUCAAAUAGUAUCCACAAGGAUUAUCAGCAAAACGCUCAGUAACUUUUUUAGCACUAAAAAACACAAACAAAAUUUCGUCUCAUAAAAAAACAUAAUAAUAAAACACAAAAUAAAGCAAAAAAUUGAGCUUCAAGAAAGUGAAAUCAAAAAAAUCAAUUAAAUUUGUGAAUAUUCGGUGUGAAAAAAAAGAGGAAACCAAAAUACACACAUUAAAAAAGUUAAUAAACACAAAAGCCUAAUAACCAAAUAGGCCAACAAAAUGUCCACAACGACGCGAAGUUCGCUGACGAGAAAAUCGUCGCUGGCCAAAAGUGGUAGCACGGACAAAGCAACAACCAAAUCAUCAACAACGAAAUCAACAGCAACAGCAACAACAAAGUCGUCCAACACAUCUGCGACAACAACAUCAGAAACAACAACGAGGAGCGGUAGCAAACAGAAAAUGCAAUAUACAAAGACCAAGGAGCGCAUUGUCGAUGAUGUGCCCCUGCCGCCUACACACAAACUGACCAUGUCCGAGGUAUACGACGAUCCCAAGUCGGGCAAACCGAAUUUCGAUGCACUGCGUCAGCAUUUUCAGCUCGAGGGCCGCGUCGAGGAAUGCGUCGCCCUGCGCAUCAUCAACGAGGGCGCCGCCCUGUUGCGCGAGGAGAAGAACAUGAUCGACGUUGAGGCACCCAUUACCGUCUGCGGCGACAUACAUGGCCAAUUCUUCGAUCUGGUCAAGCUCUUCGAGGUGGGCGGACCGCCGGCGACCACACGUUAUCUCUUCCUGGGUGAUUACGUGGACAGGGGCUACUUUAGCAUAGAGUGUGUGCUCUAUCUAUGGUCCCUGAAGAUCAACUAUCCGGACACGCUGACUUUGCUGCGCGGCAAUCACGAAUGCCGGCAUCUAACGGAAUAUUUCACCUUUAAGCAGGAGUGCAUAAUCAAAUAUUCGGAAAGUAUUUACGAUGCGUGCAUGGAAGCGUUUGACUGCCUGCCCCUCGCCGCGCUGCUCAACCAGCAAUUUCUCUGCAUACACGGCGGACUAUCGCCAGAGAUUUUCACACUCGACGACAUCAAGACGCUGAAUCGCUUCAGGGAGCCGCCCGCCUAUGGGCCCAUGUGUGAUCUGCUAUGGUCCGAUCCGUUGGAGGAUUUUGGUAAUGAGAAAACCAACGAGUUCUUCUCGCACAACUCGGUACGUGGCUGUUCCUAUUUCUUCAGCUACUCAGCCUGCUGUGAGUUUCUACAGAAGAACAAUCUUCUAUCCAUAGUGCGUGCGCACGAGGCACAGGAUGCGGGCUAUCGCAUGUAUCGCAAGAAUCAAGUAACCGGCUUUCCAUCGCUGAUCACCAUCUUCUCGGCGCCAAACUAUUUGGAUGUUUACAACAACAAGGCAGCUGUGCUCAAGUACGAGAACAACGUGAUGAACAUAAGACAAUUCAAUUGCUCACCGCAUCCCUACUGGCUGCCUAACUUUAUGGAUGUCUUCACCUGGUCCCUGCCCUUUGUCGGCGAGAAGGUCACGGAAAUGCUGGUGAAUGUGCUCAACAUUUGUUCGGAUGACGAGCUCGUCGCGGGUCCCGAUGAUGAGCUGGAGGAAGAGCUGCGCAAGAAAAUUGUGCUCGUGCCGGCGACCGUGAAUAAUAACAAUAACAAUAAUACGCCCAAUAAGCCAGCUUCCAUGUCGGCACUGCGCAAGGAGAUAAUCCGCAACAAAAUACGCGCCAUUGGCAAAAUGUCACGUGUAUUUUCCGUUCUCAGGGAAGAGUCGGAGAGCGUGCUGCAACUAAAGGGCCUCACGCCCACGGGCGCGUUACCAAUGGGCGCGCUUUCUGGUGGACGUGAUUCACUCAAAGAGGCUCUACAAGGACUGACCGCAGCCUCACACAUUCACUCCUUUGCCGAGGCGAAGGGUUUGGAUGCAGUCAAUGAGCGAAUGCCGCCGCGUCGUCCGAUUAUGAUGAGCGCCAGCAGCAGCAGCAUCUCAGCCCUCAGGAGCAGCACCACCACUAGCAAUAACAACAACAACAACACAACAACCAAGGACAACAAUAUCAGCAGCAGCAGCAGUGAUGCCACCCUGACAAAAACAAGCCGAACUACCGUUAGAUCGGCAACCACCAGCAACGUGCGCAGCGGUUACACAUCGAAGAGAUUCUCAUAAUCAGCCGGAACUGCUGAAAAUUGUUGAGUCAUUGAAACGAUUUUAGUUAGAUUACAGCUUAGUUAAAUUGAUUUGAUUUUUAUUUUUCUGUGUUCUGUACUCCUAGUCCAUUACCUUAAUUAUAUUUUCUGUAAAUUUGUAUAUGUUUUGUUGAGAUUUUUAUACACAAAACUGUUACCCUAAACAUUUUUUAUGGAAUUUCUAUAUUUUUAGAACGAACUACCCAACACUCAACGCACAUGGCAAAAAAUGUAUACGUGACAUGAAUAAAUAAUAAAUCUGACAGUAAAUAUCGCAAAAAA